CCAAAUCAGCUGUUCCCCCUGCAAUUUUGGGAAGGCUAAUGAAAUAUUUGAAAUAGAUAAGAGGCACAAUUGAUCAUGGAAGUUAUAAUACCGCGCUAUUCGGAACCACAUAUCAUUAUCAUAGGUCAGCAACCGCGCAGCAAACAGAUUACCAAGCGAUAGCAAACAUCUGGAAGCCAGCGAUCUUAAAGCACGUGUGUGUUUCAUUCAGAAGCUGACGGAAUUUCUCGCCGUGUUUACGUAAAUAGUUUUAAUUCCGCAAUGGAGGAGGUCGAAAUCACAACGCAAAAUAAAUCCAAUCCCGUUAAGUCCUUUAUUGCGGGCGGUGUGGGAGGCAUGUGCAAUGUGCUCGUUGGCCAUCCCUUGGACACAAUAAAGGUCCGUCUCCAAACCAUGCCCACACCUCUGCCUGGACAACCGCCGAGAUACAAAGGAGUCAUAGAUUGCGCCGCCAGGACAUUUCGUCACGAGGGUGUCCGUGGAUUCUACAGAGGAAUAUCCGCUCCUCUCGUGGGAGUAACGCCCAUCUAUGCCGUGGACUUUGCCGUCUAUGCGGCGGGUAAACGAUUGUUCCAAACCGAUGACCACAUUCGGCUCACCUACCCACAAAUCUUCGCCGCCGGUGCCUUGGCCGGAGUUUGUUCCGCCCUAGUCACAGUACCCACCGAUCGAAUAAAAGUCCUUCUACAGACGCAAACCGUGUCCAAUGGACCUCUCCUCUACAAUGGAACCAUCGACACAGCUGCAAAGCUCUACAGGCAGGGUGGCAUUAGGAGCCUCUUUAAGGGAACAUGCGCGUGCAUUCUGAGAGACUCGCCCACCGGUAUUUACUUUGUCACCUACGAGUUCCUGCAGGAAUUGGCCAGAAAGAAGUCCGCCAACGGAAAGAUUAGCACCACAUCAACGAUUCUGUCUGGCGGAACGGCGGGCAUUGUGUUUUGGACUUUGGCCGUGCCGUUCGAUGUACUUAAAAGCCGUCUCCAGUCAGCGCCUGAGGGCACAUACAAACAUGGCAUUCGUAGCGUUUUCAGAGACCUGAUGGCCACAGAGGGUCCAAAAGCUCUAUUUCGUGGAAUCCUGCCAAUUCUACUUCGUGCCUUUCCCUCCACUGCAGCAGUUUUCUUCGGCGUGGAGCUAACCAAUGAUUUGUUGAAGGCUUAAAUUUAAAAAUUUGUAUUUAAGAAAGGCUGUUUAGAAUAUUAAAUAUUGUUUACAUAGUUA